GGACCCAGAACCGAAGGGAAGUCUUAAACCCACCGUAAAACUAAAACCAUUGCCUUCCAGCCUCUGCUGCUUUUCCCCAGACGAACCGUUCCCGCCACACCCAAGAGAGAUGGUGGAACUAGAGGCAAAGAGCUUGAGGAAGGCGGUGGUUCCAUCCACUCUCAUAGAGAACCCAUCUCCAGGAAACAUCCAGUCCACUCGUCUGGCUCUUCAUGUCAAUCAGGAUGGUUCUUCUUGCUGGGUCUACAUAGCCUCCGGCUGCAACAUCUAUAAACUCCAGAUUCCGCUGGAAGUUUCUUUGCUUAGCAAGGGGAAAGAAGGCCUGCUUAUACCUGAGCAAAUUGAGGUUCUAGACUCUUUCUUGGUUAACCGCUGUCCUCAUCGUUCAGAAAUUCAGAGUAUUGUUCUUGCCGAAACUGAAAACACUAGUUACUCAGUGUUAGGAAGUGUGGAUUCAUACGGCCACCUUAUUGUUUCUAAACUGGAUGCUGCUGGUAAAGAUGUUGACAGGAUUACCUACUCAGUGUUGCCUCAAGAUAUUGAUAUUGGAGAAGGCAGCUGGGCUGGGCUUUGCUUCAGUCCCAGUCAAUGGUCCAUGGCAGCUGUUGCACAUAGCUUCUGCAAAACUGUUGAUGUUUAUGAUCAGGAUAUCCAUCUUCGAACUUUACGUACACUCUGGUAUCCAACUUCAUUGAACUUCAUACAGACUCUAGGAAAUGGGAAUGAGAGUUCUAUAUUAGCUGUGACUGAAGGCUGCCAGCUUACUAUAUGGGAUUUGAGAAUGAAAGAAAAUGGUGGUUGUCUGCAGCGUAUUUGUGGUUCUGUUGGAGAUAUUUUAUAUGCUGUCUGUAGUUCCUCAACUGGUAGUAUUGCAGUGGGUGGAACCGAUCGUACUGUCACCAUUUAUGAUCCCCGCAGAUGGGCAGCACUCUCAAGAUGGGUGCAUUGUUCAAAAUAUGAGAUUACUGGACUUGCUUUCUCAUCUAUUGACUCAAAUUACAUCUACGUACAAGGGGUAGACUUUGAGGUCUUUUGUGGACAGUGGAGAGAAAGUGAUAAGGUCUUUUCAUUUCGAGGGGAUUCAAAUUGGCUCGGGUUUUCUAAGUGCUCCAGCAGGGAUGUAUUGGGUGGAUGGUGCGACUCACGUAGCAUCUUUGUGGUUGAUGCUGCCACAAAAAUGAGUGAAGUAAACGCUUUGGAAGAUUUGGGUAAUGGGAGUUCCCUAGAGACAGUACAGCAUUAAAUAAACACUCUAGAAGAACACUAAACUGUCAACAACUUUUGUUAAUUUCACUUUUGCUUCAAUCACCAUGCAGUCAAGCAUUCAUUCACUCUUUGCCUAAGUCAAGCCAUUUAAUUGAUGGCAUACAAUCCACUGCAUAGGGUAAACUAGUACAUUGAUUACUUUACGCAUUUCUAUCCAGAAGUCUAGCAUUACUUUAGGCUUUAAUGUAUGGAAUAUUACAUGCAUCAUAUACUGUGUUUUAAAUAUCAAUCCCUAAUUUAAUAUUGUAAUCUACAAGUAGCUAUUGCACUGCUCCUUACUCUUCUUGGUGUUAAUAUGCUGCUAUAAAAUCACAAAGAAGAU